GGUACUCCAGUUUGCAGAUGAUCUGGUGAUUUGGGCGGCUGGAAAAGAGAGACCAAAAGUGGUGAGUUCUCUCGCUGCGACAAUCGAAAAGAUUGACUCCUUCCUCAAGAUCAAAGGUAUGGAACUGUCUAUCCACAAGUCUUCAUCAAUGAAUUUCGUUAAAAGUCGCCGGUCUGCAACCGAGUUCGAGGCUAUCACUAUCAAACAGCAAGCGAUACCUUUAGUCACUGAACACAAGUUUCUGGGCAUCAUAAUUGAUCAAUCCUUUUCAGGAAAAGCUCAUUUGGCCUUUAUCACUUCCAGGUGCCGGCAAAUAACUAACGCGAUCUCCUCUCUGGCGGGCGUCUGGUGGGGGGGCCACCCCACUCUAUUACUCAACAUAUAUAGAUCCAUUCUGAGAAGCAUCUUUGAAUAUGGCCACCAAGUAUUCUUCUCCAAAGGGAAUCUCACUAAGCUGGAAAGUCUCCUCAAACUCAGAAAUAAAGCGAUCAGGACAGCUAUGGGGUACCGGAUGUCCACGCCUGUUAAUGUAAUGCUAGAAGAGUCCAGGGAACCUCCGUUCCAUACCAGAAUGGAAUUGCUUAAACGCUCGGUUCAUUUACAGAAGCGUCGCAAGAACUGA